AUGAGCACUCCGAUAUCCGCCUACACCUUCGACGCCGAGGGAAUGACCUGGAUCACUUGUGAUCUAUGCAGCGGCUCCUUUCAACGUGGCUCUCAACUGUGUGUUCUCUGCGGUGGCUCCAAGCUUCGCAGGGUGUCGUACGACUACCUCGUCAAGGCAAUAGGUCCGCCGAAAAACUCGAGUCAGCAGUCGAUGCCUCCCAAGGACAGCGAUAGCAGCAGCAACCUUGGCAAUGGCCGUGGACCGACCAAUGGUAACAAAGUCUAG